GUGCGUGCGUGCGUGCCGUGCGCUCGCCGGGCACCGCGGCCUCGCCCUCGCCCUCCGCCCCUGCGCCUGCACCGCUUAGGCCGCCCCCCCGCGCGCACCCCGUAGACGACCCCCGCCACCAUCCCGGCCGACCCCCCCUUCCCAAAUUUAAAGGGGGCGCAGCAUUAACGCCUCCCGCCUCCGGUGACCUCUUAGGGGUCUCCCCGCCAGAGGUGCCCCGCCGCUGAGGAACAUGGCGAAGGUGGAGCAGGUCCUGAGCCUCGAGCCGCAGCACGAGCUCAAAUUCCGAGGUCCCUUCACCGAUGUCGUCACCACCAACCUGAAGCUUGGCAACCCGACAGACCGGAAUGUGUGUUUUAAAGUGAAGACCACGGCACCACGUAGGUACUGUGUGAGACCCAACAGUGGGAUCAUCGAUGCAGGGGCCUCGAUUAAUGUAUCUGUGAUGUUACAGCCUUUCGAUUAUGAUCCCAAUGAGAAAAGUAAACACAAGUUUAUGGUUCAGUCUAUGUUUGCUCCAACUGACACUUCUGAUAUGGAAGCAGUAUGGAAGGAGGCAAAACCGGAAGACCUUAUGGAUUCAAAACUUAGAUGUGUGUUUGAAUUGCCAGCAGAAAAUGAGAAACCACAUGAUGUAGAAAUAAAUAAAAUUAUACCCACAACCGCAACAAAGACAGAAACACCAACGGUGUCUAAAGCUCUGAGUUCCUCUUUGGAUGACACUGAAGUUAAGAAGGUCAUGGAAGAAUGUAAGAGGCUGCAAGGUGAAGUUCAGAGGCUACGGGAGGAGAACAAGCAAUUCAAGGAGGAAGAUGGACUUCGGAUGAGGAAGGCGGCGCAGAGCCACAGCCCCGCUCCUGGGUCAGCCUCGGCCGGGAAGGAGGAGGGCCUCAGCACCCGGCUCCUCGCUCUCGUGGUUUUGUUCUUCAUCGUCGGUGUGAUCAUAGGGAAGAUCGCCUUGUAGGCGCGGCAGGCGGAGGGAGGCACGCUGCAUCGAUGGGCCCGCUGUUCCAUGGGGUUUGAAUUUAUCAUAACCAUGUGUCAAACGAAGUUAAUGUAUGAUGACAUCUCACAGGUCUUGCCUUUAAAUUACCCCCUCCCUGCACGUGCACACGCGUGCACGCACACACACACACACACAAAUUAUAACGUAACAAUCUUUUAGAAAGUUAAAAAUGCAUAGUAAAUGAUUGGGGGGAAAAUAAUGAUCUUUAUUAAUGACAAGGGAAACCGUGAUUAAACCAUAAUGGCAUGUUGUAAGUGUCAUUUGAAGCAUUUGUAGCCUUGGUACAUGUGGCUGGAUUGAUUACCUCUCUUAGAACAAGACACUCUUCCUGCCGGUUGGUGCUGGCCCUGGGGGAGCUGGAGCCCAGGGGGCGGGUGGGGAGGGCUGUCCCCCUCCUCAGAUCAACCCUUCACCCGGGAGAGCUGGAGCCCAGCGCAGGGGGUGGGGUGUGGAGGGCUGUCCCCCACCACAGAGCAACUCCCCACCCGCCCACCCGCUCCCCAGGCUGCUUCCCCACCUUCUGCCCUGGCCGUCAGUUCCUUGGGACUGAUGAACAGUGUCAGAAGCCAAAAGAAUUGUGCUGUGGCGGCAUCAGAUCUGCCCGUCAGGAGUGGGAGGCCCAUGGUGACUGAGUGACCCAACACUUUGGAAAUUAAAGUCAAUGCUUUGUUCUCUUAAAGGGACCAAGCCAAACCACUGUUGGUUCAUGUAGUGAGAUUGAAUUGUUAUUCAGAGAUGUUUAAUGCAUAUUUAACUUAUUUAAUGUAUUUCAUCUCAUGUUUCCUUGUUGCCACGAGAUUAUAAUUAAUGCUGUGGCCCAAGAAUCACCUGUGCUCCCUGAUGCUGGUGGGCACAGCUGGCAGCGCCACUCGAGGGCCGCGGGCUCCCCUCUCCCCUUGGUGGCCCUGGGCGCCCCGCACGGAUGCGGGGUGGGGGGCUCGGUGUGGGGGCGGCUGCCCGGGAGUGUUUCUCUGUGUGAAUAAACAGAAGUCGUCGUCGAGAGGGCAGUUCUGAGUGUCCAUGGUCAGCUCUGUCUCCCCUCCCGAUGCAGGAGGGUCGCUGGCCUUCUUCCUUGUCCCUUUGUUGUCCCCCAGCCGCCACUCUUGCUUUAGCACGUGCGCCCUGAGUCUGGUCCUGACCUUUCCUGUGUGGCCCUCCCGGGAUGGGGCGGCGGGUUGGAAGCGGUCACAGAGCCAGCCGGGCGGGGGUGGGGAGAGGGGCGAUAGGCUCUCCGGAUAGUCGUCAAGUAGUGAUUGGGAGUUUUGACUGUAAAUUAAUUUUAUGCCAUAAAAGACCAAUCCAAUUCUGUUCGACUAUGUAGCAUCUUAAAAAGAAAAAAAAUUAAAAUAAAGCCCCAAAAUUAAGA